AUGUCGGAAGUAAGCAGAAAGAAGGUGGCUAUCAUCGGAGCUGGAGCCGCAGGCAUGUCAUGCGCGGCAAAGCUAGCAAACCAUCCAGACAAAUUCAAGGUCACAAUGUUUGACAUUGACUCCCAUACAGGCGGCCAGGCCACCUCAAUCCCACUGGAUGAAUCCAAGCAUGGAGCAAGCUGGUUGAAUGACGGAGUCCAAGGCGGUUCAGCCAUCUUCCGUCACACAUUCCGCUUCUUCCGCCAAUACGGAUAUGAACCUCAGCCAGUCCAGCUGCAAGUAUCUUUUGGUAAAGGCCCAGACAACUUUUGGACAAACGUGUUUCCCAGCCCCCUUGUUGAUCAGCAUUCCCGAGAAAUCAAGAAGCUGGGCCGGGUGCUGAAAUGCAUCAAAUACAUGAUGCCGAUUCUAGGUAUUAUGCCGGUCAAAGUGAUUCUACGUUUGUUCGGAUUCAGUCGCGAUUUCAGCAAUAAGAUGGUGUUGCCGUUGCUGGCGUUGUUUCUUGGAACGGGAAAUCAGACACCUAAUGUUUCAAGUGUCCUUCUGGAGCGAUUGUUUGAUGAUCCGCAGAUGAAGUUGUGGGAGUAUGAUCCGGAUACUUUAUUGCCGAAUCUACCGGUGAUGUAUACGUUUCCAAAUCUGGGAGAUUUCUACAAGGACUGGGCUUCGGAUCUCCGAUCAAAGGGGGUUGAUAUUAAGCUCAACUCUUCUGUGACGAUUUUAGAGCGCAGUGCAAAAGCUGUAGUAUUGGAAGUCCGAACAAAGACAAGUGAUGAUGGCGAGGAGUUGUCGGAACCGAUGACGGCCACCUUCGACGAAUUAGUUCUCUGUUGUCCUGCCGACGAAGCAAAGACACUUCUCGGCCAACAAGCCACAUGGCGAGAAAAGUGGGUUCUGGGUGGUGUGAAAUUCUUCAACGACAUCACCAUUACCCAUUCGGAUUCCGAUUACUUUCAGAAAAUCUUCGAGGCGCAAUAUGAUCCAGCACUUUGUGCACAACCGACCACUAACGAACGAAAGAAUCAGAUUGCAUUUGCCGAACAAAAGCCCGUCUGCCAGAAAGAUGGUUGGCGAGGAUAUCGGCCAAUGUAUUAUACGCAUUCUUUUGCAUCUGAUCCAGACAAGAUUGAGAUGGGAUUUGACUGCACGAACUACCAGCACCAGUUCCGUGAUACCUUAGGUGCGGGUAAUCCACCACGACCGCUGGAUCAGCAUGUCUUCCAGACUAUUUUCUUGAAUGACCAGCAAAAGGAUAUGUGGACGUGGAACGAUAUCGACACGACAAAAAUUAUUGGACGGAAGUGGUGGCAUCAGUUUGGUCAUCGGUGGCAGCAUUAUCUUCGUGUCGUCCCAGGGAUGAUGUUCAUUAAUGGCAAGAAUCGAACUCAUUAUGCGGGCAGCUGGACUAUGGUUAAUAUGCACGAGAUUGCUUGCAUCUCCGGAAUCGCAGCUGCCCACCAACUAGGCGCAGCCUACGAGCCAUUCGAUGAUUUCGCCGAAGAUUUCUUCGGUAAAUAUCUACUGGUCUGCCAUGGAACACGUUAUAAAAAAGCGAAAGCAAAGCAAACUUGA